GGUUGGAAUUUUGGCGGGUUAGUCUGUGUACCAAGAAGGCCUCCCGGUACCGGCCAAGAUUCUACAUUGCUCAUCUCCUGGGCACCUGAGCCUCCGCUGAAGUUUCCUGUCAUAACUGUCCUCUUGACAGCAUGGAUGAGGAGGAAGACAAUCUGUCUCUGCUGACCGCAUUGCUGGAGGAAAAUGAGUCAGCCUUGGAUUGUAAUUCAGAAGAAAGUAACUUCUUGACCCAGGAAAAUGGUGAGCCCGACACAUUUGAUGAGCUCUUUGAUGCCGACGGCGACGGUGAAUCUUACACAGAAGAAGCUGAUGAUGGAGAAACAGGAAAGACCAAAGAUGAAAAGGAAAAUUUGGCCACUCUCUUUGGAGAUAUGGAGGACUUCACAGAUGAAGAAGAAAUUCCUGCAUCACAGUCAGCUGAACACAGGGUCCUUCCUGCUCGUGCCCCCAGUCGAGAGAAAACAAAUGAAGAGUUGCAAGAGGAAUUAAGGAAUUUGCAAGAGCAAAUGAAGUCCUUACAAGAACAGCUAAAAGUAACAACAAUUAAACAGACAGCAAGCCCAGCACGUCUGCAAAAAUCUCCUGUAGAGAAGUCUCCACGGCCGCCUCUUAAGGAGAAGAGAGUUCAGAGAAUUCAGGAGUCAACAUGCUUUUCUGCGGAGCUUGAUGUCCCUGCGCUACCAAGAACCAAGCGGGUGGCCCGGACACCAAAGGCUUCACCUCCAGAGCCCAAAAGCUCAUCUUCAAGGAUGGCAAGUGCACCCUCCCAACCACUCCAGACUAUUUCUCGGAACAAUCCUAGUGGGAUAACUAGAAGUCAAAUGGUGGGGACCCCAGGAAGCUCUGGGGAAGCGGCUCAACCCGUCUGUGUGGAAGCCUUCUCCGGCCUGCGGCUCAGGCGACCUCGAGUAUCCUCCACAGAAAUGAACAAGAAAAUGACCGGCCGAAAACUGAUCAGACUGUCUCAGAUCAAGGAAAAGAUGGCCAGAGAGAAGCUGAAAGAAAUAGACUGGGUGACAUUUGGGGUUAUAUUAAAGAAGGUUACGCCACAGAGUGGGAACAGUGGAAAAACCUUCAGCAUCUGGAAACUGAAUGAUCUUCGUGACCUGACACAAUGCGUGUCCUUGUUCUUAUUUGGAGAAGUUCACAAAGCGCUCUGGAAGACGGAGCAGGGGACUGUCAUAGGGAUCCUCAAUGCCAACCCCAUGAAGCCCAAGGAUGGUUCAGAGGAGGUGUGUUUGUCUAUCGAUCAUCCUCAGAAGGUCUUAAUUAUGGGUGAAGCUCUUGACCUGGGAACCUGUAAAGCCAAGAAGAAGAACGGAGAGCCGUGCAUGCAGACUGUGAAUUUGCGCGACUGCGAGUACUGUCAGUACCAUGUCCAGGCUCAGUACAAGAAGCUCAGCGCAAAGCGUGCUGACUUGCAGUCCACCUUCUCUGGAGGACGAAUUCCAAAGAAGUUUGCCCGCAGAGGCACCAGCCUCAAAGAACGGCUGUGCCAAGAUGGCUUUUACUAUGGAGGAGUUUCUUCUGCCUCAUAUGCAGCUUCAAUUGCAGCAGCUGUGGCCCCUAAGAAGAAGAUUCAAACCACUCUGAGUAAUCUGGUCGUUAAGGGCACAAACCUGAUCAUCCAGGAAACACAGCAAAAACUCGGAAUACCCCAGAGGAGCCUGUCUUGCUCUGAGGAGUUCAAGGAACUGAUGGACCUGCCGACGUGUGGAGCCAGGAACUUAAAACAGCAUUUAGCCAAAACCACGGCUUCAGGCAUCAUGGGGAUCCCGAAACCUGCCAUCCAGUCCAUCUCGGCCUCAGCACUCUUGAAGCAACAGAAGCAGCGUAUGCUGGAGAUGAGGAGAAGGAAAUCAGAAGAAAUACAGAAGCGAUUUCUGCAGAGCUCAAGUGAAGUCAAGAGCCCAGCUGUGCCAUCCUCAUCAAGACAAACCCCUGCUCAGCCUCCACAGACAGGAUCCGAGUUCCCCAGGCUGGAGGGAGCCCUGGCCACAAUGACGCCCAAGCUGGGGCGAGGCAUCUUGGAAGGAGAUGAUGUUCUCUUUUAUGAUGAGUCACCACCACCAAGACCAAAACUGAGUGCUUUAGCAGAAGCCAAAAAGUUAGCUGCUAUCACCAAAUUAAGGGCAAAAGGCCAGAUUCUUACAAAAACCAACCCAAACAGCAUUAAGAAGAAGCAAAAGGACCCUCAGGACAUCCUGGAGGUGAAGGAACGUGUAGAAAAAAACACCGUGUUUUCUUCUCAAGCUGAUGAUGAAAUGGAGCCUGCCAGGAAAAAAAGGAGAGAACAACUUGCCUACCUGGAAUCUGAGGAAUUUCAGAAAAUCCUAAAAGCAAAAUCAAAACACACAGGCAUCCUGAAAGAGGCCGAGGCUGAGCUGCAGGAGCGCUACUUUGAGCCACUGGUGAAAAAAGAACAAAUGGAAGAAAAGAUGAGAAACAUCAGAGAAGUGAAAUGCCGUGUUGUGACAUGCAAGACGUGCGCCUACACCCACUUCAAGCUGCUGGAGACCUGCGUCAGUGAGCAGCAUGAAUACCACUGGCAUGACGGCGUGAAGAGGUUUUUCAAGUGUCCCUGUGGAAACAGAAGCAUCUCCCUGGACAGACUCCCGAACAAGCACUGCAGUAACUGUGGCCUCUACAAAUGGGAACGGGACGGAAUGCUAAAGGAAAAGACUGGUCCAAAGAUAGGAGGAGAAACUCUGUUACCAAGAGGAGAGGAACAUGCCAAAUUUCUGAAUAGCCUUAAAUAACCCGAACUUCAGACAUUUUCCCACAGCCUUCCUGGCCUCUUGUGACUCUGGAAAGCAAAGGAUUGGCUCUGUAUCGUCCAUUGGUUCCUGACUGAUGCCGUCAAAAACAAAUGCUUGUUAAGCCCGUAAGCUUUGCCUCCUUACUUUCUGCCAUUGGGUUGGUGUGACACCACAUUUAACGUUGACAUUUAAGUGGAAAACCAAGAUAUUGUCUUUUCUAAGCUCAGCGUGGAUGAUUGCAUUACUUCAUGCCCCAAAUCUGGAAGGUAAACAGAGAGCUGUGUUUCUGUAUCUUUUGAUUAUAGAGUGUUCACUUCUUUGUCAUAAUAAAAUUCUAGUGUUUAUAUGAACACCCAGAGGCAAAAGAAUUAAUUUAGCUUAACUCUCACUCCAGGUAAGUUGCUUAAAUUCUGGGCUUCAGUUUUCUCAUCUGUAAAAUCAGGAAGAUUGGACUAAGUGAUCCUGAAAUGUAUUUUUUAGCACUGGAUUUCUACAAAUAAUAAAACUUUUCCCUAUC